GGAAGCCUGCUUCAAGCCGCUGCUGGCGCCUGCUUGCCAUCUUGACUGACGCCUCGCCUGAAAUUUCGUAAACAGUUUUGGCUUCUGCUUGACCGCGCUUGAGGCGACGGGGACGCUAUGUCGAAGCGUAGGAUCGAGGUCGUAGAUCCCUAUGUCAAACGGAAAGCCACGGACAGUUCUGUUUCCAACAAUGCAACAACUCCAGGGACGACGGCGGCGAAGAGCCAAGUACAAUUCAAUCCAUAUACUAUGCUGCCAUACACGCCGAGAUACUAUGAACUUUACAAGAAAAGGAUAACUCUGCCUGUAUUCGAGUAUCGGACUGAUUUUAUGAGAUUGUUAUCUCAGCAUCAAUGCAUUGUUCUCGUUGGAGAAACAGGUUCUGGUAAGACUACACAGAUACCGCAAUGGUGUGUGGAGUAUUCGAGAAGUAUUGGAAACAAAGGAGUUGCCUGUACACAACCUAGAAGAGUGGCAGCUAUGAGCGUUGCUCAAAGAGUUUCAGAAGAGAUGGAUGUUGCCUUAGGUCAAGAAGUAGGAUAUAGCAUCCGUUUUGAAGAUUGUAGUUCUCCGAGGACUGUGUUGAAGUACAUGACCGACGGUAUGUUGCUUCGAGAAGGCAUGUCCGAUCCUAUGUUGGAUGCCUAUCAAGUGAUACUGCUAGAUGAAGCUCAUGAAAGAACGUUAGCUACUGAUUUGCUGAUGGGUGUUUUGAAAGAAGUGAUCAAACAAAGACCGGACUUGAAACUUGUGAUUAUGAGUGCUACCUUGGACGCGGGAAAAUUUCAGCAGUACUUUGAUAACGCACCGCUCAUGAACGUACCUGGUAGAACGCAUCCAGUCGAGAUAUUUUACACGCCGGAGCCAGAAAGAGAUUACUUGGAAGCGGCAAUUAGAACUGUUAUUCAGAUACAGAUGUGUGAAGAGAUUGCUGGGGACCUUUUGCUAUUUCUAACUGGCCAAGAAGAAAUCGAAGAAGCUUGUAAGAGAAUUAAAAGAGAAAUGGACAACUUGGGACCUGAAGUCGGUGAAUUGAAGUGCAUACCGUUGUAUUCGACACUGCCACCGAAUCUUCAACAGAGAAUAUUCGAGCCUGCUCCGCCUACCAAAGCUAAUGGUGCUAUCGGUCGCAAAGUCGUCGUCUCGACUAAUAUUGCGGAAACAUCGUUGACUAUUGACGGGGUCGUCUUUGUCAUAGAUCCUGGUUUUGCCAAGCAAAAAGUAUAUAAUCCUAGGAUUCGUGUUGAAUCCCUCUUAGUAUCACCUAUUAGCAAAGCUUCGGCACAGCAGAGAGCCGGUCGUGCUGGCAGAACAAGACCUGGAAAGUGUUUCAGAUUAUAUACAGAAAAGGCAUACAAGAAUGAAAUGCAAGAUAAUACCUAUCCUGAGAUUUUGCGUUCUAAUCUCGGAAGCGUCGUAUUGCAAUUGAAGAAACUCGGCAUUGACGAUCUGGUACAUUUUGACUUUAUGGAUCCACCUGCGCCUGAAACUCUUAUGAGAGCUUUGGAGCUUUUGAAUUAUCUAGCGGCUCUUGAUGAUGACGGGAAUCUGACGGAUCUCGGCGCGGUAAUGGCGGAAUUUCCAUUAGAUCCUCAGUUGGCAAAGAUGCUUAUAGCUUCUUGUAAUCAUAAUUGCAGCAAUGAGAUACUCAGUAUUACCGCUAUGCUCUCAGUCCCACAGUGCUUUGUGAGGCCAAAUGAAUCAAAAAAGGCUGCAGAUGAUGCAAAAAUGAAAUUUGCACAUAUUGAUGGUGAUCAUCUGACACUACUUAACGUAUAUCAUUCUUUCAAACAACAUAUGGAUGAUGUCCAAUGGUGUUAUGACAAUUACGUGAAUUAUCGAUCGUUGAAGAGUGGAGACAAUGUAAGGCAACAGUUGAGCCGAAUAAUGGAUCGAUUUGUAUUAAAACGUACUUCGACGGACUUUAAUUCAAAAGAUUAUUACAUUAAUAUCAGAAAAGCUCUUGUUAAUGGUUUUUUCAUGCAGGUAGCACAUUUAGAAAGAACAGGACAUUACCUGACUAUCAAAGACAAUCAGGUAGUACAACUUCAUCCGAGCAGUUGUCUUGAUCACAAACCAGAGUGGGUUAUCUAUAAUGAAUUUGUACUAACAACUAAAAAUUAUAUCAGAACAGUCACCGAUAUAAAACCUGAUUGGUUACUUAUGAUAGCGCCACAAUAUUAUGAUCUACAAAAUUUCCCUCAAUGUGAAGCAAAAAGACAACUCGAGCUCACCCAAGCGAAAUUAGAUUCAAAACAGUAUCAGGAAGGCUUCUAACCUUUAUAUAUUUUAGAUGUGUUUGGAAAUCGUAAGAAAUUGAGAAUGCUCAGUCAAAAAUCUGCUUUUGUCGUAACGAACUUCAACAUACAACUCUCUCACCUAUCGCAACCACAUCGCAUACAAAACAUUGUGCAACACAUAAAGAAUCACUUUCUGUCUUUUACUCAAAAGGCACAGAAGAAAUAUAUUGUAAUAUUUAGAUUUUUGUACAAGCUCACUAUUGGCUCGUACGAUGUAAAAAUUGAAUGUUUGAAAGUUUAAUUUAAAUUUUCGAUAUUUAAGCCAAAAGAUGAAAUGGAAAUGGACAAUUUAUUAACAUUUGAGACACACUGCAAAAGUAUAGUUACUGGAUAAGAGGGUUAUUUAUGUACAUUUAAGAGAAAACUUAGCCUCUAAGUAAUUUUAACAGUAGAAUUCAUUAAUUGACGUUUACAUUCGAACGCAUUCGGAAUGUCAUUAGAUAUAAUAGAUUAAUUUUUGUAUUAAAUGUUGACCGUAUAAUGUGAAAAAGGUAUAAAAUGGCCACUAUAUAUAUAUAUAUAUAUAGUAAAAAACAAGGUACUUUCCAAUAACGUACAUAGGCGACACUGCAUAACAUAGUGUGCGAUCCAGUGUUUUCUAACUGAUACAAUCAUAUGUAGCUAAAAUGCUGUAUUUGACUGUGUCGUCGUUUUGUGUCACACUUUACAUUGAACAGUUAUAAUAACAUAAGGACUUUGUCACUUAUAAGUAUAUUUAAGAUAUUAUAAUAUCAUUGAGUGACAAAUUUCUUCUGAUAUUAUAAUUUUUAUGUUCUACCUGGGUCCACAUGGAUACCAACAUUACAUUUUUGGCGCAGUGAUAUUGAAAUAAAAAAGUGAAAUAAAAACUAAAAAAAGCAGCGUUUCAGCUACAAGUCGACACUGUGUAAUAUUGUGUCAUACAAUGUAUGAUUGUUGGAAAACAUUCAUAGUCUUAUAUUUGCCUAAAAAUUGUCUAAAAAAAAUUUGUUUCCUCUGUUAGUAAUAGUGUGUCAUUCUUUUUGCUAUGGACUCAGAUGUGAUUUUAUGUUCUUAUGCCUCGUAUUCUGUACUCCUUCCCAAAUUUAGAAUAUGUUUAGCGUGUACACGGUGACAUUUUUAAAUGGAAUGGAUAGCGAGAAUGGAUGUAUGCUUAUUAUAAACAUGCAUAUAUAUAUAAACUUUUUACUAAAGUGAUAGAACAAAGCUGAAGAAAUAUUUCUAGACAUCCCCUAUGUCUGAAAAAAUCAAAUUAAUGAAGAAAAAAUAUUUAUGAUAUGAUGAUAUAAUAAAAAUCAUAAGUACACAUACAUAUACAGACACAGUGGCCAGUUUAUGAAAAAGCAGCAUUCAGUGUAAUAAAGCAUCUUUAUUAGCACGAAACAAAAAAAUUGAAUUUGAGUAUCCUAUAUGUUUAUUGUUUAUCAUUGUUAUUCUACACAUAUUAACAAUAAAUAUAUGGAGUUUUUUUUAGAGGAAAAA